UUCUAGGUGAGUAUGGCUGUCAGAGCACAUCGCGCCCCACUUUUAAAGGGACAGGUGGUAUAAACCGCGUGAUGCUUCCUCAAGAACAACACAGCAGCGCUCUCCAUCGCUUCCGCAUUGACUGACUUCUCUAGUCUCCGUCAAUGCGGGAGAAUGAAUAACUCGAAAUGUGCCCUUGCCCACAAACGACGGAGACCAACGCUGAUCAUACGAUGUAUAAACGUGGUGGGAUUCAUGGACCUCUUUGGGGUCAGUAUGAUUAUCCCUUUGCUGAGUCAUCAUGUGAAGUCUCUAGGAGCAAGUCCUACAGUGGCUGGGAUUGUAGGAUCUACAUAUGGAGUAUUACAAUUCUUCUCUAGCACCGUGGUGGGAAGUUGGAGUGAUGUGGUUGGGAGACGUUAUUCACUACUGACGUGCCUUUUGCUCAGUGCCUUUGGAUAUGGCCUGCUGGGUCUGUCCACGAGUAUUUCACUCUUUGUGCUGGCCAGGAUACCAGUGGGGCUGUUUAAACACUCCCUGUCCAUCUGCCGAGCGCUCCUGUCAGAUCUGGUGUCGGAGAAAGAGCGGCCUCUAGUGAUGGGACACUUUAAUGCCGCCUCGAGUGUGGGGUUCAUCCUGGGACCGGUGGUGGGGGGAUAUCUCACCGAACACGAGGGCGGUUUUUACUUAUCCUCAUUCGUCUGUGCAGCCAUUUUCCUUCUAAACGCAGGUUUGGUCUGGAUGUUACCGUGGCAUGAGACGCUGAAUCACUGCGUUGACGCAAACGCUAACAGUAAAACCAAACCCAGCAAAUCCUACAAUGAGGUAAAGAACUCAGUCCAGCAGAACUGCUCCGACAAAAAGCACAUUCGCCGUCCUAAUGCCUCGGCAGUCCGCUGUCAAACAAAUGGAGGCUGGGGCUGGAGAGACAUGUCUGUCGUCCAGCCUGCCUGGAGACAGCUGACCUCGGUGUGGAUACAGAUCCGCGCGGUGGCGUCCUCCGACAUGUGGGACGUGUUCCUGGUGCGUCUUCUAAUGGCUUUAUCCAUAAUGCUUUACUACAGUAACUUCUCCUUAGCCAUGGAGGAGCGUUUCGAGCUCAAACCAAAGGUGACCGGCUAUUUGAUCAGCUACAGUAGUAUGUUGGGGGCUCUUGCUGGAUGUUUGGUGGGACCGGUCACAAACCUCUAUGGCAACAACAUGUCUGCUCUGUUGUUGCACUCUACUGCACUCACCUGCACGUUGAUCUUUCUGUAUGCCACGGCACCCAACGUCUGGCAGGUCCUGCUCACUUCCACGUUCUUUGCCAUCUCUACCACUAUCGGACGCACAUGCAUCACUGAUUUAGAGCUGCAGCGUGGGGGAUCCCAAGCUAGCGGGACGUUAAUUGGAGCGGGACAGUCGGUCACAGCUGUGGGACGGGUCCUAGCACCACUGCUGUCUGGUCUGGCUCAAGAAGUCAGCCCCUGUGGACCUCCUAGUUUAGGGGUUGUUCUGGGACUGGCAGCUGUGGGUUUGCUAUUCGUGAGGACUCCUAUAUGGGAGAGUAAGACAAAAGUUAAAGACAAGAGUCCAAAACAGUGAGGUGGAAACCACUCAAAGUGACCGAACGACAUUUGACGGCAGCUGUCAUUAUUUUUUCCCUCUCAGGUGAUGUAAUCGUUUUUUUGGAGAAUUUGGGAUCUUAAUACCAGCUACUAAAUGCCAUGAUGUCAAUGUGAGUCGCCCGUUGGUACGGCUGCUUCCGGUGCCGUCGCUGAAAGAGAGCAUCUGUCUGAGCAAGGGCAGAUCUGACAGGGUCUGAUGCUAAAUCUAGUUGGGUGAAUGUUUAUAUCAGAUCAUUUUGCUGUUAAAUGGUUCAGCACCAGUGCCUUAACUAGUGUAAAGUCAAACAUAUUCUACGUCAAAGCACUAGAUGUGGGAUAUUCAUUAUAAAAAAUGAUUUAUGUGUUGAUUUUAUGUUUCCUGGACACAUUUCAGACUAAAAGCUACAUAAACAAGAAACAAGUACAUGUUUCAAAGAAAACCGUGGAACAUUUUGGGCGGGAUGAACUGAACUAUGUGAUUGAUUUUUACCUCUGUUUAACCACUGUUUAUGGUCGAUGCACUACAGAAAACUCACUUCCUUCUGUGUUUUAAGAUGUAUAGUUAAACAGUUGCCUCAAAGGCUAGCAAUAA